UAGUGUUCAUUGUUAAUCAAAUAUAGUUAAUUAUUUUUUAUAUAGGCUAAUUAUUAUUUUAAUAUUUAUUAAAUAAUUAAAGUUUUUAACUAUAGUUUUUUCUAAUUUUAAUUGUACAAAAGAAAAAAAAAAUACAGAAUAUGGAAUCUCCAAUAAAUGUUCAUGAAUUCACAUCAAUGAUGAUUGAAAAAAGCUCCGAUAUGCCUUUGGAAGAAAAUUAUAUGAAAAUCAGUAAACAGGCAUGGAAGGAUGAAACUCAAACUCAAUUAAAAAUUUUAGAUCCAAAUGAUCCUAUAAUGAAUAGAUUUCAAGAUGCUCUUCGUGCUCAUCUUACUCGAAUUGAUAAUAAAUUAUCUGAAGAAAUUCAUGAACUUGAAACAGGGAUAAAAACUGUGAAGAAGGAUUGUGAAAUUGAAGAUCAAAAAUUGUACAAUGCUCAAUUAGAAGUUGCUCGACAACAAAAAGUAUUGGAAAAGUAUCAAUCAAUGUUGGAUAAAAUAAAAUCUUUAUAUGAAACCAAUGAUCAACAAAUAAAAGAUUUAAAAGAAUUGCAAAAGAAAAUUUUAGGAGAAUUGCAAGCAGAAAAAUCAAGGGAAAAAGAACUUAUUCGAAAAUUGGAGAAUUUAUCAAAUCUUGAAACUUCUUUUAAAGAAUGGGAAAAUGAAAUAAACAAAGAAUUAACAAUUUCACAAAGAGUUUCUGAGAAAGAUGCAAUAAUUAGAAAAGAAUUGAUACAACAAAAACAACGUAAUGAUUAUCUUCUUUUUAAAAUAAUGAACGAAGUUCACAAAAUAGAAGAUGAAAUUCGUUAUCUUGACGAUCAGUUGCAAUUGAAAGAUAAGGAGAAAAUUGUUGCUGCUCAAAUGUUAGCUGAUGCAAGUACAGAUUUAGAAGUUGUACAAAAAGAUCAAAAAAUGUUAUUGAGUACCUGGAACAGUGUUUUAGUUUGCAUUAGUCAACGAGAUAAUAUUAAUGAUCAACUUGGUACCGAACAAAGAAAAAUACGCGAUUCAUUUCAAAAUUUACAAAUCCAAAUUGACAAAAUCAAAAAAGAUUCAAAUAAAGAAAUGGAAAACAAUGAACAACUUACGGCCAUUCAUAUGCGAUUGGAAGACGAAAUGAAAAACACAAUGAAAAUAAUUUCACUAGAUAGAGAUAAAGUUGAAAAUUUGGAAUCACAAUUUGCAAAGACAACCAGGCUUCUCGAACAAAGUCAAAAAGAAUAUCAAAAUUGCUCAAUGGAAUAUCAACAAUACGAAAAUGAGGAGAAAAUAAUUGACAAAGAUAUGAGUAAAAUUAUGAGUCAAAAAUUGAAACUCGAAGAGGAAAUUGUAUCAAAUUUAGAUGAUAAAAUAACACAUAAUAAAGUAAUACGUCAUCUAAAUAAAUUACUGUCAGACAUUAGAAAUGCAAAUCAAGAACAAGAAUUGUCAAUGAUUCAAGCCGAAAAUACUUAUGGAAAAAAUAUUCACGAAAUAGAAAAACUUCAUUCUCAACUCGAUAGCGAAAAGUCUGACUUACAAGAAAUUGACAAUGAAAACAUAAAAAGAGAUAAGGAAAUACAACAAAUGCAAGCAGAAAUAGAAAAGUUGGAUAAUUUAUUGGAACAAAAGCAAAAAAAAAUUAUCACUUUAAACAAAAAAAUAGAAGAGAUAUUGUCAACCGUUGGCGAAGACAAUAAUCCACUAGAUUUGAAAAUAGGAGCUCUAGAAAGAAACAUAGACGAUGUAGAAUUAAAGACUAAAAAAUUAAAGCAAUUUUGGUUACGUCAAGAAGGAAAUAUUGUCACAGUCAGUCAACAAAGAAAUAAUCAAAUACAAGAAAUUAGUCUUACCAGUAAACAAAUUACUAUCAUGGAGCAAAAAAAUUUAAAACUAGAACUCGAAAUAGAUAAACAAAAUAAAGAGAAGGCAAACAUUGAAAAAAUAAUUAAUUUAUGUCAACAAAAAUUAGGUCAAAUAAAUAGUCGACUUGCCAGUCAAAGAGACUUAAAAGAUGAAUUAGAGAGUAAAAAUUACACAAUGAAAAACGAAUAUAUUAAAUCUCUUCAAGAUGCAGAAACACAACUUAUAAAAUUACAAAAUGAAAUUAAACAUCUCAUUAAUGAAAAAGCAAUCCUUAAAGAUCAAUUACUCAUCUUACAACGUGAGAGUCUUUCGUGGGAAAAAAAGGUUCAAUUAGCAAUUGAAACGAGUAAAUCAUUUAAAGAAGAGCGCAAUGCAGGUGGAGAUGUAGCAUUAAUGAAAAGUGAAAUACACAAAAUGGAAAUACGUUUGUCACAUUUAAAAAAAAUUCAAGAAAAAUUAAUAGUUGAUAUGGAGUUUUGUAUUACGCGAAGAGAUAUUAUUUUAAAUGGAGCAAUAGCAAAAGAAAAAAGAAAUCCCAGAGGAAUGCACAAUCAACGAUUUAUACUUCGUAAACGAUUGGACGAUCAAAAAACAAAAAUUAAACAAAUUGCUAAAGAAAUAAAACAAAUUGAAAAUAAUAUAAUUUCUUUGGAAAUUGAGCAAAGAAAAUUAUUCGACAAAUUGGAUGAUGGUCAGAGAAUUUUACGAGAAACUGAAGAUGCAAUUCCUGAUAUUGAAAAGCAAAUAAUGGAAGCCGAACUUAUAAAAUACCAUAACUUGGAAAUAUUAGUAAGAAAACAAAGAAAAUCAUCAAUGCUUCAAGAUGUUAAAAAUGGAAAAUAUAAAAUGGUUUUUAAAUCAGAAUUUGCAUUAUGUGAAGAAAUUAAAAAUCAACGAAUUUUAAAUGAUAAUCUAAAAGAUAUUAUGAUUCAAACAAAUCAUGAUUUUCCACUUUUGAAACAAUAUAUUCGUAAAAUACUUCUAACUUUAGAAUCAACUUGAAUGAUGUUAUGCAACGAAUGUUUUAUUAUAAUUUAUUAAAAAUCAAUAUAGUCAAACAAUUUAUAACCACUUAA